UGUUCUGAGCCUGUUGGGGUCACGUUCCCAGAUCAUUUCCCGGCCCAGCUGGGACCCAGGGGCUGAGCCCGAAGCAGAGACUCCAGCUGAGAUCCAGGGAGUCCCAUGAGGGCCCUGCCCCGUUUCUUCUCCGCCCCGACGCAGGCUCCAGCGGCUGCAGCGGAAAGUGACAUAAACAAGGACUGCAAGAGUUUAUCUUUCGUCUGUUUCCUCAUUCCGUGGCCACGCGUCCUAGGAAGCAGGGCAGGGGCGUCGGCGGGGAGCUCAGCGCUGGGCUUGUUCUCCACGGCCUCUGCAAGGAAACAGCUCUUGGGGUUCCCUGAAGUUUUGCCUCGAAGGCUGCGAGUCCUCCCGCGCCGGGCCAGGUCCUGCCUUUUUCCCAGCCGAGCUCGCUACACCGCCUGGACGCCCUGGGCCGGAUCGGCGAACCGCUGGGGGAUUCUCCGGCCAGGGCUGUGUGGGAGGCCGGGCGGUUCUGGGUCGCUGUGCGCUAGGAAGAGCCUCUCCCUGCCCGUGGAGAUGCUGCGGCUGGCUUGCUGGGUAGUGCUGCUGGGACACGUCGCCGCAGGACCAGACAUGGCCACUCAGGCGAGUGACGGCCCCCAGCUCCACCACCGAGCCAGCCAGGACGUCACGCUGGAGUGCAGGACCCGAGCACCCCUGGACCCCGACCCGCACCACCUGCGCGUGCACUGGCACCUCCUGCGGGGGCCGGCGGGGGACUCCGUGGUGCACAGCUACCACGCGGGGGCCGACCAGCUGGGAGACCAGGCCGAGGAGUUCAGGGGCCGGACGCGGCUCCUCCUGGAGGGGAUCCGCGAGGGGGUAGCGGCCCUGAGCCUGGCCGGCGUGCGGCCCUCGGACAGCGGCACGUACCGGUGCUUCAUCAUGGACGGUCAGGGUGCUGACAGCAUGGACAUCGUCCUCCGUGUGGCAGCCCCGUACGAGCCCCCGCAGCUCACUGUGCUCUCCCGGGCUGGGGGGCAGCUGGUCCUGCAGUGCCGCUCCGCGGGGGGUUACCCCCAGCCCGAGAUAACGUGGCACGACGGGAACGGGACCCGGCUGAGCCAGGACGAGCCGGUGGAGCUGCAGCGGAGCAGACAGGGGGCCUUCGAGGUGUGGAGCAGCCUGUCGCUGACGCCCCGCCCCGGGGGGUCCGUCUGCUGCGCCCUGAGCCACCGGCCCCUGCAGCAGAACAUGAGCGUCUGCGAGACCCUCCCAGCAGGGCUGCAGGCGCUGGAGCAGCGAUUCCCCGGGUGGGCGAUGGCUCUCGUGACGCUGGCGCUCGUGACCCUCGUGUGCGCGGUGCUGAUCCAUUGGGGGCUGCCGCUCAUCCCCGCCGAAGGGCUUCACCUUGGAUGGCGAAGAGCGCCCGGCUCCCAGGACUGGCACCGUGUCCGGACGGACCCCCCUGAAGUGGAAAUGGCUGAGCGCUAGGUCUGCAUGGCCCCCCCCUCGUCCGCCCCUCAGCCGGCGGGGAGUGACGGGCUCAGACUGCAGCGGGGAAGAACGGAGGUUUCUGGGUGGAGCGAUGUGACGAAGUGGGGGAUUUUCUUGUUGUAUUCAAUGGUUUGCACGCAGAGGGGGUGGGACUCAGUUUCCCUGGGGGUUACUGGUUUAAUGAGGUGAGGGGAGAGGGAGUUUGUGGUUACAAAGGACCAGUGACAGAACUUGGGACCCCAGCUGAUGGCCUGGAGGAUGGAGACCCCAGCGACCGGUGACCUGAGACCCCGACCCGGAGACCCAGCUCAGGAGUCGCAGCCGGUUCUGGCCAGUGGGAGGACAAUGGGCUGCGGGGAGAGGACCCCGGUGACCCAACCAGCCGGUUCCAGCCCGAGGGGGACAGAGGUGGGCAGAGAGGAGAUGAGGCCCAGGUGACCCCAUUUACGACCCUGUUUCCCUGGAGAGAAGACAAUGGACAGAGGCGGGGCCUGGGGCCAGUGAUAGCGGAUGCCCAGCUGUGAGCAGUGGGGCUCGGGGCUGGAGAGGGGGAGCAGGCAGAGCCCACCUGGAUGCAGAGAGACUGGGAUGUGCUGGGCUGAGGGAGGCCAGGCCUGAGGCCCUGAGAGUUUCCUGUGCUGGGUUCAACCCUCAAUAAACCUCCUGUGUUACGCUG